AUGAUUUUUCUAAUGGAUCUCCAGAUGAUGCUGCUGGAUGUAAUUUACUUCAUCCUGCGCAACUCUGUACGGGUCAUCAUGCGUCCCCGCACCAAGCCUAUUGACGGUGAGCUGGUGCUGAUCACUGGAUCAGGAGGUGGCCUGGGUCGUCUCUUUGCUCAAGAAUUCACCAAGCACGGAGCAGAUGUGGUGCUAUGGGAUGUUAAUAGCAGCUCCAAUGAGCAGACAGCCAAGCUGGUGCAUGAGAUGGGUGGUAAGGCGUACACUUACACUGUGGAUGUGACCAACCGGGAAGAUGUGUACCGCAAAGCAGAGCUUGUAAGAAAAGACCUGGGCCGGGAUGUUACAAUACUGGUGAACAAUGCUGGCGUGGUGGCUGGGCAGAGCAUUUUAGACUGUCCUGAUGAACUGAUGGAGAGGACUAUGAAAGUCAACUGUCAUGCCCUCUUCUGGACAGUGAAGGCCUUCCUCCCACAAAUGAAAGCCCAGAAUCACGGACACAUCGUGACCAUCGCCAGCGUACUCGGCCUCUUCAGCACAGCUUGUGUCGAGGACUACUGCGCCAGUAAGUUUGCUGCAGUGGGCUUCCAUGAGUCUCUGGCCCAUGAGUUGCUGGUUGAGGAGGUUCAAGGUGUGAAGACUACUUUAGUCUGUCCCUACAUUGUGGACACAGGCAUGUUUGAGGGCUGCAAGAUUCGGGAGGAAGCGGAACUGUUCUUACCCCCACUGGAGCCCCAGUACUGCGUCGAACAAGCAAUGAACGCCAUCCUGGUAGACCAACCGCUGGUGUGCAUCCCCCGCCUCACCUACCUGCCAUUCCUGUCCAGAGCAUUGUUGCCAUGGGAAUCCAAUGUGGCUGCCUAUCGUUUCUUGGGUUCGGACAAGUGCAUGUUUCCCUUCAUUAAUAACAGGCAGCAAAGAACGACUAACAGCUCUGUUCAGGUUGCAUAAGCUUACAGUGGUGCACUGACCGGAGUCACCGCCAUAAAACAACAUGCAAUUAAAAGGUUUAUUUAUAUCAAAUUAAAAACAGGACUGCCUGUUAAGUAUGAUUAAGUUGCUGGUUAAAAAUACUGUCAGGGAUUUUAGAUUUGUAGGCUUUUCAUUCAGAAACCUGUACUAGGUGACUACUCAGCCAAGGAGUUAUCAGAACAAAAGAAGUUUUCUGUAAUGUUCAGAUGAAGUUUAAAGUCCAUUUUAAAGUGUUUUCAUCAUUAACUUAAGAAAUGGCCAAACAGUUAA